CCGCCUGGCGCCCCUGGCUCGCCGCGGCCGCGGGCGCCCCCCGGCCGUCCGGCCCUGCGCAGUGACAGGCCCCGGAGCGAGUACGGGUGGGAGAUGAGGCGCGGCGGCCGGCCCGGGUCCUGCACGCUCCAGGCCCCCGAGAGCUCCCCACUAGGUCCCGUCAGCGCCCCCUUCUUCUCACCCGGGUCACGGAUCCCUCAGUGAGUCAGAGCCUCCCAAACCGCCUCUCCGGACAUGGCCAACGGAGUGAUCCCGCCGCCCGGGGGCGCCUCCCCCCUACCCCAGGUCCGGGUGCCCUUGGAGGAGCCCCCUCUGAGCCCAGACAUGGAGGAGGAGGACGAUGACUUGGGCAAGACCUUGGCUGUGAGCAGGUUUGGGGACCUCAUCAGCAAGCCCCCGGCCUGGGACCCCGAGAAGCCCAGCCGCAGCUACAGCGAGCGGGACUUUGAGUUUCACCGGCACACAUCCCACCAUACCCACCACCCGCUCUCGGCGCGCCUGCCUCCACCCCACAAGCUGCGGCGACUGCCCCCCACCUCUGCCUGGCAAACCAGGAGGAAGAGAAAGAAGGAAAAAACCUCUGCUCCUCCCUCUGAGGGGACCCCUCCCAUCCAGGAGGAGGGGGGAGCCGGAGUGGAUGAGGAGGAGGAAGAGGAGGAGGAAGAGGAAGGGGAAUCUGAGGCAGAACCCGUGGAGCCCCCACCCUCAGGGUCCCCACCAAAAGCAAAGUUUUCCAUUGGAAGUGACGAGGAUGACAGUCCCGGCCUCUCAGGGAGGGCUGCCUUCACCAAGCCCUCGCCGCCAGUGGGCCUGAGUUCCGACAAGAGCCCCCAGCACUCAGUCAGCUCCCCAAGUCCCCGGGCCCGUGUCUCCCGAGUCACUGGAGAGAAGAGCCGGCCCUGGAGCCCUUCGGCCAGCUAUGACCUGCGGGAGCGGCUGUGCCCAGGCAGUGCCCUGGGCAGCCCGGGUGGCCCAGAGCAGCAGGUGCCCACUGACGAGGCGGAGGCCCAGAUGCUGGGCUCCGCCGAUCUGGAUGACAUGAAGAGUCACCGGCUGGAGGACAACCCUGGUGUGCGGCGGCACCUGGUGAAGAAGCCAUCUCGGACGCAGGGUGGGAGGGGCAGCCCCGGUGGCCUGGCCCCCAUCCUGCGCAGGAAGAAGAAGAAGAAGCAGCUGGACCGGAGGCCUCAUGAGGUGUUUGUGGAGCUGAACGAGCUGAUGCUGGACCGCAGCCAGGAGCCCCACUGGCGGGAGACGGCCCGCUGGAUCAAGUUUGAGGAGGACGUGGAGGAAGAGACGGAGCGCUGGGGGAAGCCCCACGUGGCCUCGCUCUCCUUCCGCAGCCUGCUAGAGCUCAGGAGGACCAUCGCCCACGGAGCUGCCCUCCUGGACCUGGAGCAGACCACUCUCCCAGGCAUCGCACAUCUCGUGGUGGAGACCAUGAUCGUGUCUGAUCAGAUCCGGCCAGAGGACAGGGCCAGUGUCCUUCGCACCCUGCUACUGAAACACAGCCAUCCCAAUGAUGACAAGGACAGUGGCUUCUUUCCCCGAAAUGCGUCCAGCUCUAGUGUGAACUCGGUCCUGGGGAAUCAUCACCCAACCCCCAGCCAUGGCCCUGACGGUGCAGUGCCUACCAUGGUCGAUGACCUGGGGGAGCCAGCCCCACUCUGGCCUCAUGAUCCUGAGGCCAAGGAGAAGCCCCUCCACAUGCCUGGGGGAGAUGGUCACCGGGGGAAAAGCCUGAAGCUGCUGGAGAAGAUCCCUGAAGAUGCUGAGGCUACUGUUGUGCUUGUGGGCUGUGUGCCUUUCCUGGAGCAGCCAGCGGCAGCCUUUGUGCGCCUGAACGAGGCUGUACUCUUGGAAUCUGUGCUUGAGGUCCCCGUGCCGGUUCGCUUUCUCUUUGUGAUGCUGGGGCCCAACCACACCAGCACUGACUAUCACGAGCUUGGGCGUUCCAUUGCCACCCUCAUGUCUGACAAGCUGUUUCACGAGGCUGCCUACCAGGCAGACGACCGGCAGGACCUCUUGAGUGCCAUCAGCGAGUUCCUGGAUGGCAGCAUCGUGAUCCCCCCAUCCGAGGUGGAGGGCCGGGACCUGCUGCGCUCCGUGGCUGCCUUCCAGCGCGAGCUGCUCAAGAAGCGGCGGGAGCGCGAGCAGACCAAAGCUGAGAUGACCACUCAGGGUGGCUACGUGGCCCCCGGGAAAGAGCUGUCAAUAGAGUUGGGGGGCUCCGAGGCGGCCCCCGAAGAUGACCCCCUGCUGCGGACGGGCUCGGUGUUCGGGGGGCUUGUCCGGGACGUGAAGCGCCGGUACCCACACUACCCCAGCGACCUGCGGGACGCCCUGCACUCCCAGUGCGUGGCCGCCGUGCUUUUCAUCUACUUCGCUGCCCUCAGCCCUGCCAUCACCUUCGGGGGGCUGCUAGGGGAGAAGACGGAGGGGCUGAUGGGUGUGUCUGAGCUGAUUGUGUCCACGGCUGUGCUUGGCGUCCUCUUCUCUCUGCUGGGGGCCCAGCCGCUGCUCGUGGUCGGCUUCUCUGGGCCACUGCUUGUCUUCGAAGAAGCCUUCUUCAAGUUCUGCCGAGCCCAGGACCUGGAGUACCUCACGGGCCGGGUGUGGGUGGGCCUCUGGCUGGUGGUCUUCGUCCUUGCCCUGGUAGCCGCGGAAGGCAGCUUCCUGGUCCGCUACAUCUCGCCUUUCACCCAGGAGAUCUUUGCCUUCCUCAUCUCGCUCAUUUUCAUCUAUGAGACCUUCCACAAGCUCUACAAGGUGUUCAUGGAGCACCCACUGCUGCCAUUCUACCCCCCUGGGGGAGCCUUGGAGGCUGGGCAGGACCUGAAUGGGAGUGUCCCGUCUCCCACUGAGGGGCUGCCGGGCCCGAGGAACCAGCCCAACACGGCUCUGCUGUCCCUCAUCCUCAUGCUUGGGACCUUUCUCAUCGCCUUCUUCCUACGCAAGUUCAGGAACAGCCGCUUCCUGGGUGGCAAGGCUCGCCGCAUCAUCGGGGACUUCGGCAUCCCCAUCUCCAUUCUGGUGAUGGUCCUGGUGGACUACUCCAUUACAGACACUUACACACAGAAGCUGACAGUGCCCACGGGGCUCUCAGUGACCUCCCCCCAUAAACGCACGUGGUUCAUCCCGCCCCUGGGCAGUGCCCGUCCUUUCCCACCCUGGAUGAUGGUGGCAGCCGCCGUGCCUGCUCUCCUGGUCCUCAUCCUGAUCUUCAUGGAGACACAAAUCACUGCGCUCAUCGUCAGCCAGAAGGCACGGAGGCUGCUCAAAGGCUCCGGCUUCCACCUGGACUUGCUUCUGAUCGGCUCCCUGGGUGGGCUCUGUGGGUUGUUUGGGUUGCCCUGGCUCACGGCUGCCACCGUCCGCUCAGUCACCCAUGUGAAUGCACUGACCGUUAUGCGCACUGCCAUUGCGCCUGGCGACAAGCCCCAGAUCCAGGAGGUGCGGGAGCAGCGGGUCACUGGAGUGCUCAUCGCCAGCCUCGUGGGCCUGUCCAUCGUCAUGGGGGCUGUGCUGCGCCGGAUCCCGCUGGCCGUGCUCUUUGGGAUUUUCCUGUACAUGGGGGUCACAUCACUGUCUGGUAUCCAGCUGUCCCAGCGUCUGUUGCUUAUCCUCAUGCCAGCAAAACACCAUCCUGAACAGCCCUAUGUGACCAAGGUGAAGACCUGGCGGAUGCACCUGUUUACCUGCAUCCAGCUGAGCUGCAUCGCACUGCUCUGGGUGGUCAAGUCCACGGCGGCCUCCCUCGCCUUCCCCUUCCUGCUUCUGCUCACGGUGCCACUGAGGCGCUGCCUUCUGCCCCGGCUCUUCCAGGACAGGGAGCUGCAGGCGCUGGACUCCGAAGAUGCUGAACCAAACUUUGACGAGGACGGCCAGGAUGAGUACAAUGAGCUGCACAUGCCAGUGUGAUCCUCUCCACGGUGCCCCUGAGACCCCGACACCUUAGUGAUCGACACCCCGGCCCCAGUCAGAGCCUAGUCCCAGGGCCAGUGGACGCCUCAUGACCCAGAGACGUGCCUGGAACCACUACUGAUGCCACGGCCAGAGUGGCCCCCUGACUCUGCCUGAGGCGCUGACCUCGUCUCACCCAGGCCCUUUCACAGACCAGACAGGCACAGGCUUUGAGCUCAUUAUAACCACACCCUGUGUCUUGUGUCUGCCUCACUUUUUUGGUUCCACCUCUGGUUUCUCAGGUCAUACUUAUCCAUCGGUAACUGGAAAAAUUCUAUUUUCAGGGUCAUCAAAAUCAGGGAGAGUUUCGAGGCAAGGACAGACUUCUUAGGGGAAAAGGGACAGAAUCAAGACCACAGAAGGUCAGGGCUGGGCCUUAUCUUCACUCUCUCGAUCCCUCUGAAGUACGGUUGAGGAGCUGGAGGCUCAAGGUCUGGCUCAAGUUCAUACACUGUUAAUCCAGCCCCUGCUUAGAAGGAGAGGGCGGGGGAGGGGGGUUGCUCUGCUUUAGCCACUAGGGAAAUCGGAGCGUGCCACUGACUGUGGGGCCACAGAGGGGAAUGGAAAAUGUUUAUUU